AUGGAGUCAAAUGUGAUUGUCCCACUUCAGGGUCCUGAGAGAGUGGUUGUUCCCAGGAAUCUGAAUGACUCCACUGCCAGCCACAGUGCCUGGUUCAUGAUGACUCUAGGAAGUUAUACACUAGAGAUCACCAACAGCAGCAGAUUCAGUAUUAGCAAAAUAUCAACUGUAUUAACGGUCAUUGGUGUGUCUGGUGUUGAUACAGAUGAAGAGUCAGUGUUUGUGAAGGAGGGAGAUUCAGUCACUCUGUACACUAAUAUUGAAGCAAAUCAACAAGAAACGAUGAGAUGGUAUUUUAAUGACAUCCAAAUCACUAAAAUCAUUGGAGAAAAGAGAGAAAUCUGUACAGAUGAUGAGUGUAAAGAGAGAUUCAGCGACAGACUGAAUCUGGAUCAUCAGACUGGAUCUCUGACCAUCACAAACACCAGAAUCACAGACUCUGGACUUUAUAAACUAAAGAUCAUCAACACCGGCAGCGACAGUGACAAGAUCUUCAGUGUUUCUGUACAUGGUGUUUCUGCUGCUCAACGAGAUGAAAUGAAGAGAAAGUCAGUGAAGGAGGGAGAAUCUGUUACUUUAGAUCCUGGAGUAGUAAAAAACCCAAAUGAUGUGAUGACGUGGUGUUUUAAUGACUUUCUCAUCGCUGAAAUCACUGGAGAUCAGAGUAAGAUCUGCACAGAUGAUGAACAAAAAGAAAGAUUAACAAACAGACUGAAGCUGGAUCAUCAGACUGGAUCUCUGACCAUCAUGAACACCAGAACCACAGACUCUGGAGAAUAUAAACUACAGAUCAUCAUCAGCAGCAGCUUCAGUAUUAGCAGAAUAUCAACUGUAUUAACGGUCAUUGCUGUUCCAGAUUCAGGUCUGUCUCCAGCUGCUGGAGCAGGGAUUGGUGUUGUUGCUGUUCUGUUGAUCAUUACUGCUGCUGCUGCUGCUGCUGCUGUGUUUCUCUAUCGGAAAAACACACAGAACAAUCGUGAUCAGAAUAGUGUCACAGACAGCGAGGGAGACUGGGAGUGUGAAUCCAGUGGACACUACACUGCUGCACAUUUUAUGCGGAGAUCGCUGACAAAACCUGAAAUCUGUGGCAGAUAGGUGCUAGAUUUCGUGAGUGAAGUUCACAUGGUCUGAAAUGUCAAAGACGUGAUUUAAGAGAACCACUGAUGUGUCGCAGAUGCACAAGAAAUAUUUAACAGCCCAUAGCAGGAUAAAAACCUGGACCUGUCUGUGAUUCAGUGUCUAGCAGUGUGAAAUCUGUUUUAACAUGAAAUGACAUCAGCGGUGCCUUCUAGCCAAUGAGAGAGCAUGAUACAGGGCAAGGGAGAGUUUCAGUCUCACACCAGAGUCCGGCUCACAUGUGAUCUUACAUCAUUUCAUCAUUUCACUUCUCACUCAUGGCUUUUCUGCAUGAGAUCAGGAUUUGUGGAGGUUUCUUCCCAGUGAAAUAUUGUGAUGUUACACCAGUCACCAACACGUCAUGACAUUAUUCCCUUUUUCUACUUUGAAAAAUAAAGUGGACAUGCAACUCUCUAUGAAUGCAUUGUCAAUAUAAUGGC